UUUAUCCUAUUAUCCUGGCGUGGUGCCUAACACUGGGUGUUGCUGCUCGUUCUCCUUGCCGCAAUCUCGGCUGGAGGAAUUGCACUUCUCUUCCGUGGCAUUGGAUUCCACACCGCUGGAUCGGCCUGGGAUGGAGCAGCAAUGGUGCUGGGGUUUCACUUCCAGGCGCCCCCAAACAGCAGCAUCAGGAUGAUCAGUCCAAACGCCCCGGUGUUCUGCCGCGGAUUCUACCAUCUCUUCUACCGAUUCACCACUCCAUCGUCGUCCAAGAGCAAGAACCAGAGCUCCUGGGGCCACGCCAUCGCCAAGGACCUCCUCCACUGGCCACGGCGCUGGAUCCCAGGCCAGAGAGGGCCCCGUAAUCCUCUACACUGGAAUCUCCAGCGAUGGCGCCACCACACAGAAUGCCGCUGUCCCGGUCGAUCCAGGCGACGCCAUGCUCAAGCACUGGAAGAAGAUCGCCCAAAACCCCCUCAUUCCAGCAGGAGGAGGGAUGGCGAUGAGAGAUCCAAGCAGCGCGUGGAGGGAUUCUUCUUGGCGGAUCCUUCUUGGCGGCGAGAAUGCCAGCAAUGGCGUUGGAUUCGUCUACUGGAGCAACGAUUUCCUGGACGGGGAGUGGAAGAGGCUGGAGACACCACUGCUGCGAAUGGCAGGAGCUGGGAUUUUGGAAUCUCCAGAUUUCUUCCAGGUUCCAUGGGCAGGAUUUGCAUCUCGUUGCUUUUAGCAAGGCCAGACUUUUUCGUGGAGUGGCUGCGCAGGAGCAGCGAGCUCGUUCUUGAGCUGGUGAAAGUGCUCCUCACACUCAUGGUGGCGGGUAUCAGAGGUAAACUUUUGGAGUGCUUACAGUCUCCCGUUUUGGACGUGCUGCCUUGGGAGAUCAAGCAGAAGUUUGAUCUACGUCCGAAGUUCUGGAAAAAGACCUGUUGGAGCUCAUGGCGAUCACAGGUGAUCCUUUCCUCGUCUUGACGCGUCGAAGCGGUGGUCACGAUAAUGUACCGCGAAGUGUUGGCAUCGAGCCUUCUGCCGGAGUUUUCAGCUCGAAGGGUUUGCAAGCCACGAGCUGUGAGCGGACAGGGAACUGGUCGAAAAAAGAGGAGGCACUGGUUGAGUUGCGAGCAAGUAUGAAAGGAAAGAAGAAGGAAAACGAGUACCGAGGCGAGGCGAAGUCAGUGUUUAGCUCACUCGGCUUGAAAGACGGCAACUCUUACGUUCGAGCUUUCCUCACCACGGCGUGCCCGCUGUUUUAUAUCCUUUUUCUUUCCAUUCUUUUGGCAACUCUUUCUUUCCUGCAGGCCUCCGCGGACGAUUUUCUAGUCGACUUGAGCUCCGCGAUAGAAAUAAUGAAAAUGGGACUCGGUAUCAGGCCAAAGCAAGAAAAAGCCCGGUGUUUGCUUCAAAACAUGAUCCUGUUCCAAGACAAGCUCGAGUGCAUGACAGCGCUUCUAAAUCCCAGGGACGCCAGACACGAGCUCCUCGACUUGGCUGUUCUGCAAAAAUCAGUCCAAGCACUGCGAGAGGAGCUCGAGAAAGGGAAGGAACUUCUGGGCGACCACGUCAAAAGGCUGCUAAGCAAUCGCUGGGACUUGCGAGAGUGGCAAUAAGCUUGAUCUCAUGUAGAUAGUACCAUAGAGCGAACUCCGUAAAAUAGAGAAAACGUUAAUAGCAAACAACUAUAAGCAACAGAAACCUUAGCGAUACUUGAAAAAAAUAUUAACUUAGCCACAGUUAAAAUCA